UCCAACCCCUCGUUUUCCCCGGACGGAGUUGGUGCCUGGAACUCCUGCGACCUUCAUCUCCGGUUGCGAUGUUGCCCUUCUCUUUGCUCUGGGCAACUCGGAUGCCCCAAGGCCUUGUGACCGCCCAUUUGACGUGGCAUUAGGGAAGAGAACUGUGGACCCUGUGCUGGCCAGCGAGCGGGGUUCCUGGCCUGGACCGGCGAGCUAAGUCUUUCCUGCGAGCUCUGAGCCAUGCAAAUGAUGCAGCUGGUCACCCUUGCUUGUAUCAGGGGUCCCAUGGCUCUGUGGGCUGGAAGGAGGUGGAAAGAGUGGGAGCACAAAAGACAAGAUCCUCUGCGAAGAUGUGGUCGGCUGGUCAGGAUGGCCAUACGGUGCCAGCACAGCGAGGCAGCCCAGACCCAGACUGGAGAAGCAACCAAGGGCUGGUCAGGCCAGGAGAGUCUAUCGGACAGUGACCCUGAGAUGUGGGAGCUGCUACGGAGAGAGAAGGACAGGCAGUGUCAUGGCCUGGAGCUCAUUGCUUCAGAGAACUUCUGCAGCCGAGCUGCGCUGGAGGCCUUGGGGUCCUGUCUGAACAACAAGUACUCGGAGGGUUAUCCUGGCAAGAGGUACUAUGGAGGAGCAGAGGUAGUGGAUGAAAUCGAGCUGCUGUGUCAGCGCCGGGCCUUGGAGGCCUUUGACCUGGAUCCUGCUCAGUGGGGAGUCAAUGUCCAGCCCUACUCGGGGUCCCCAGCCAACCUGGCUGCCUACACAGCCCUUCUGCAGCCUCAUGACCGAAUCAUGGGGCUGGACCUGCCCGAUGGGGGCCAUCUCACCCACGGCUACAUGUCUGAUGUCAAGCGGGUCUCAGCUACAUCCAUCUUCUUCGAGUCUAUGCCCUAUAAGCUGAAUCCCAAAACCGGCCUCAUUGACUAUGACCAGCUGGCACUCACUGCUCGGCUCUUCCGACCUCGACUCAUCAUAGCUGGUACCAGUGCCUAUGCUCGCCUCAUCGACUACGCCCGCAUGAGAGAUGUGUGUGAUGAGGUCAAGGCACACCUGCUGGCGGACAUGGCCCACAUCAGUGGCCUGGUGGCUGCCAAGGUGAUCCCCUCACCUUUCAAGCAUGCGGAUGUUGUCACCACCACCGCUCACAAGACCCUUCGAGGGGCCAGGUCAGGACUCAUCUUCUACCGGAAGGGGGUGCGGGCUGUGGACCCCAAGACGGGCCGGGAGAUCCCUUACACGUUUGAGGACCGAAUCAACUUUGCUGUGUUCCCGUCCCUGCAGGGGGGCCCCCACAACCAUGCCAUUGCUGCGGUGGCUGUAGCCCUAAAGCAGGCCUGCACCCCCAUGUUCCGGGAGUACUCCCUGCAGGUUCUGAAGAACGCUCGGGCCAUGGCUGAUGCCCUGCUAGAGCGAGGCUACUCGCUGGUGUCUGGUGGCACUGACAACCACCUAGUGCUGGUAGACCUGCGGCCCAAGGGUCUGGAUGGAGCUCGAGCUGAACGGGUGUUGGAACUCGUAUCCAUCACGGCCAACAAGAACACCUGUCCUGGAGAUCGAAGUGCCAUCACACCUGGGGGCCUGCGGCUGGGGGCCCCAGCCUUGACUUCUCGACAGUUCCGUGAGGAUGACUUCCGGAAAGUUGUGGGCUUUAUAGAUGAAGGCGUCAACAUCGGCUUGGAGGUGAAGAGCAAGACUGCCAGACUCCAGGAUUUCAAAUCCUUCCUGCUCAAAGACCCAGAAACAAGUCAUCGGCUGGCUGACCUCAGGCAACGGGUGGAGCAGUUUGCCAAGGCCUUCCCCAUGCCUGGUUUUGAUGAGCACUGAAGGCACCUAAGAAAUGAAGCGCACAGACUGACAUUUAUUCCUCUUCCCCCACCUGGACAAAUUAGGGGUGGGGGUAACUGCCUAUCUUCCAAUUUUUUGCUGGAGGAGGGGAAGGCCGCCCACUUAGGGGAAAAGGCGGGUAUAGUUCCCCUUCCCAGGAUUUGUAGCUGAGGAGGUUUCUUCUUGUAACAAGACUUAGAAGGAAGAGGCUUGGGGCUUUCUGCCCUAACCUCUCUCAUUAUCUCAGUGUUAUAGACUCCCUGCCCUCUCUUGGGGAGGGGGGAGUUCCCCUUGUGAGCCAGAGGAAGGAGUGGGUAGGCACCCUUCUUUCAUUUUUAUCUAAUAAAAUGCUGACCUAC